AUGUCAAACUACUCCCAUCACCAGUCUCAGAACCACCCCGGUAACUCCUAUCCAGACCCAAUGCCGUCGCAGAUGGGCGAGUACGGAGACCUCCCUGGUUCCUCUUCCCGGCGGGCCCCAAGGUCCAAAGAGCACGUCGCCGCCAUCCCCGACCCAGGGCUCGAGCGCACGAAACGUCGUGGAUUCCACCCGAUCCAGGCCCUGGCUAUUGCUGCGAAAAGUGGUUGUUUCCUCGGGGCAUGCACGAAUGUUUUAUGGCCCUUUGUCCCUAUUGGAAUCGCUCUUCAUUUCGUGAGGCCGGAGUGGCAUUUGUGGGUAUUUGUAACGAAUUAUGUUGCCAUGGUUCCCACGGCAAACCUAUUGGCGUUUUCGAGUGCGGGGUUGGCACGAAAGAUUCCAAGGGUCUUGGGAGUAGUACUACAAGUGACGGUUGCAUCAGUGGCUGCACUUCUUGGGUCUAUGCUAGCAAAUCUGUUGUUGUGUACGGGACUCUGUUUUGUCAUUGGUGGGAUCAGGACAAAGGCGCAAGAGUUUGGAGAUGUGCUUGCAGAGACUGGAGGAGGGCUAUUACUGCUAUCUGUUGCGGCAUUGACGCUGCCAGCAGCAUUCUAUGAAGGCCUUAGUGGACUGAAUAGGACAACAGCCGUGGACCUGACAGAUAGGAUCUUGAGUGUUUCGAGAUACAUGUCAAUUUUGUUAGUCGUUGCUUACGCUCUAUACCUUUUCUUCCAACUCCACACACACCACCAUCUAUUCGACCGCGACCUCUACCAUGCAGAUCAGGCCAACAAGGACCGACGCGAUAAUGUAAACCGUGCUAAACUCACCAUCACCGAGUCUCUGCUUUUCGUUAUCUUUUCUCUGACCCUCGUCUGCCUCCACUCUAUCUUCAUGGUUGAGCAAAUCCAUUGGAUCGUAAGCAACCGUCACGUCAGCGAUGCGUUCAUGGGUCUCAUCCUCGUACCCCUCGUCGAAAAGGCUGCAGAGCAUCUCAGCGCCGUUGACGAGGCCUGGGAUAAUGCGAUGGAUUUCGCACUAUCCCAUAUCCUAGGCAGCACUAUACAGACGGCACUGUUUGUGGCGCCAAUUGUCAUCAUUAUUGGUUGGAUUGCGGGAAGGCCGAUGGAUCUAAAUUUUGAGGUUUUUAUGGUUGUAGUAUUGGUGUUUUCGGUGUUGGUGGUGGGUAACUUUAUCAAAGACGGGAAGAGUAAUUAUCUGGAGGGAGCGUUAUGUUGUAUUUUUUACCUCAUGAUUUCGGUGACUACUUGGUACUAUCCAAACCCACCAGAACUCGAAGCUGGCAGCGAGCACUAG